UCUGCGGAGGUCAUGGCGGAGGCGGGAGCAGGGCUGUGAACCGAGCUGCCCCUUGUUGGAACGGCGGCCCGGUAGGCUGUGCAGAGCCGCGCGUUCCUGUCGGGGCUGCUGGGCGCCCGCGCUCCCCCGGCCUGGACAAUAGCGCCGAGGAGCGGGCGGCGAGAGAAGGCGGCGGCCCUGGGCUCGGACCCGGGAGCGGACCAUGCGAGCGGCGGCGCGGCUCCGGGGCGGCCAGCGGCGGCACUGAGGUCCCGGAGUUUCCCGUUCGCGGCCGCCCGCCUUUCCUGGACACCGUCCCCGGGCCCCUCGGGCGGGGCCCCCGGCCGGCACGAUGACCGACACCCGACGGCGGGUGAAGGUCUACACGCUCAACGAGGACCGGCAAUGGGACGACCGGGGCACUGGCCAUGUGUCCUCGGGCUACGUGGAGCGGCUCAAGGGCAUGUCCCUGCUCGUCAGGGCCGAGAGCGACGGUUCUCUUCUUCUAGAGUCCAAAAUAAAUCCUAACACUGCAUACCAGAAGCAACAGGACACUCUGAUUGUAUGGUCUGAAGCAGAAAAUUAUGACUUGGCUCUUAGCUUUCAAGAAAAAGCUGGAUGCGAUGAAAUUUGGGAGAAAAUCUGUCAGGUUCAAGGAAAGGACCCUUCAGUGGACAUCACUCAGGACCUGGUAGAUGAAUCUGAAGAGGAGCGAUUUGAUGAUAUGUCCUCACCGGGUUUAGAAUUGCCAUCUUGUGAAUUAAGUCGACUGGAGGAAAUUGCAGAGCUUGUGGCAUCAUCUUUACCAUCCCCCCUUCGCCGUGAGAAACUCGCACUAGCAUUGGAAAAUGAGGGUUAUAUUAAAAAGCUUUUAGAGCUUUUUCAUGUGUGUGAAGAUCUGGAAAAUAUUGAAGGACUGCACCACUUAUAUGAGAUUAUCAAAGGGAUCUUCCUUUUGAACCGAACUGCUCUUUUUGAGGUUAUGUUCUCUGAGGAAUGUAUAAUGGACGUCAUUGGAUGCUUGGAAUAUGACCCAACUUUAUCACAACCACGAAAACACAGGGAGUUUUUAACAAAAACAGCCAAGUUUAAAGAAGUGAUUCCCAUAUCAGAUCCUGAGCUGAAACAAAAAAUUCAUCAGACAUACAGAGUUCAGUAUAUACAAGAUAUGGUUCUCCCUACCCCUUCAGUCUUUGAAGAAAACAUGUUAUCAACACUUCACUCCUUUAUCUUUUUCAAUAAAGUAGAAAUUGUUGGUAUGUUACAGGAAGAUGAAAAAUUUCUGACAGAUUUGUUUGCACAACUAACAGAUGAGGCAACAGAUGAGGAAAAAAGACAAGAAUUGGUUAACUUUUUAAAAGAAUUUUGUGCAUUUUCUCAAACGCUACAACCCCAAAACAGAGAUGCUUUUUUCAAGACUUUGUCAAACAUGGGCAUAUUACCAGCUUUAGAAGUCAUCCUUGGUAUGGAUGAUACACAGGUGCGAAGUGCUGCUACUGAUAUAUUCUCAUACUUGGUUGAAUAUAAUCCAUCCAUGGUACGAGAGUUUGUCAUGCAGGAGGCACAACAGAAUGAUGAUGUAAGUAAGAAGUUAACAGAGCAAAAAAUAACCAGCAAGGAUAUUUUGCUCAUCAACCUCAUUAUAGAACAUAUGAUUUGUGAUACAGAUCCUGAGCUUGGAGGAGCAGUCCAACUUAUGGGCCUGCUUCGAACUUUAGUUGACCCAGAGAACAUGCUAGCCACUGCCAAUAAAACAGAAAAGACUGAAUUUCUGGGUUUCUUCUACAAGCACUGUAUGCAUGUUCUCACUGCUCCCUUACUAGCAAAUACAACAGAAGACAAGCCUAGUAAAGAUGAUUUUCAAACUGCACAGUUACUGGCACUUGUAUUGGAGUUGCUAACAUUUUGUGUGGAGCACCAUACCUACCACAUAAAGAACUAUAUUAUCAACAAGGACAUCCUUCGCAGAGUGCUAGUUCUUAUGGCCUCCAAGCAUGCUUUCUUGGCAUUAUGUGCCCUCCGAUUUAAGAGAAAAAUCAUUGGAUUAAAAGAUGAAUUUUAUAACCGCUACAUAAUGAAAAGUUUUUUAUUUGAACCUGUAGUCAAAGCAUUUCUCAACAAUGGAUCUCGUUACAAUCUGAUGAACUCCGCCAUAAUAGAAAUGUUUGAAUUUAUUAGAGUGGAAGAUAUAAAAUCAUUAACUGCCCAUGUAAUUGAAAAUUAUUGGAAAGCACUAGAAGAUGUAGAUUAUGUGCAAACUUUUAAAGGAUUAAAAUUGAGGUUUGAACAACAAAGAGAAAGGCAAGACAACCCCAAACUCGACAGCCUUCCAUUUUCUCAUAGCAUGCGGUCCAUCUUGAGGAAUCAUCGAUAUCGACGAGAUGCCAGAACUCUAGAAGAUGAAGAAGAGAUGUGGUUUAACACAGAUGAAGAUGACAUGGAAGAUGGAGAAGCUGUGGUGUCUCCAUCUGACAAAACUAAGAAUGAUGAUGAUAUCAUGGAUCCAAUAAGUAAAUUCAUGGAAAGGAAGAAAUUGAAAGAAAGUGAAGAAAAGGAGGUGCUUCUGAAAACUAAUCUUUCUGGACGACAGAGCCCAAGUUUCAAACUCUCCCUGUCUAGUGGGACAAAGACUAACCUCAGCAGCCAGUCGUCGGCAGCAAGCCUACCUGGCUCUCCAGGGUCACCUGGGUCCCCAGGCUCUCCGGGCUCUCCUGGAUCCGUCCCUAAGAGUACAUCUCAGACGGCAGCUAUUACCACAAAGGGAGGACUCGUGGGUCUCGUAGAUUAUCCCGAUGAUGAUGAAGAUGAUGAUGAGGAUGAAGACAAGGAAGACACGCUACCACUGUCAAAGAAAGCAAAAUUUGAGUCCUAAUAUUAGCAACUGCCUGUGAUCAGUACCUGUUGACAAAACUGGUUCUUUACCCCUCCCCCCUACAAAAUCCACAUCAAAGCGCAGUGGUCUCAUGUGAGUGACUGACACAAAUCAGCAGCACACUGGACUUCUGCUCAUCAAGUGCCAAUUCAAUGGAGCAGGAGGAGGGGGAUGCCGUGCAGUUAGGGGGAAGACAUAGCCUGUGAGCUCUCCAGCUUGGACCACACAUUGCCCUUUUCUCAGGGAAGGAAAUGGAAAUCAAAAGCCAACAGGGCAGGGGUUUUGUCAGUGGAACUCUGGAUUGACUGGUCAGUUGCUACAAUCAGAACUUGCUUUCUUGGACCAUGUUUGAGACGUAGAAGAAUGGGUCUUUCUGCCAUAGUUCCUCACUAGUAAAGAAUGCCAGCAGUUUCUUUGUUUAAAGAGACCUGCCUUUAAAACCGUACAUUCUGAACAUUUUAGUCAAGCUACAACAGGUUUGGAAAACCUCUGUGGGGGAGGGGCAAAAUAAAGUAUCCUCUUUUUUUAAUCUGUUCCCUUUGCCCUUCAAACUGCAGAUUUUUUUUUUUUUAAAAGGUAGGGAUUUGUCCCUACUUGAUUAAAGAUUGAGUGGAAUUCUAGAUGUGGUCAUUUGUGUCAUAAUUUUUCUUUUUGUUUCAGUUUGUUUGUUUUGUUUUUCUCCCCCUGAGUGUAUGAUUAGUUGUUGAAUAUAUAUAUUUGGGACCAUUAAAACAUUUUUGAUGUAAUAUA